AUGCCAAAUCUCUCGGCAAUGUUUGCCAACUUGACGAAGGGUCUUCGUGAUGGAAUGAAUUUUCCAUUUGCGAUUGAAAUUUUUGCAAAGUCAAAGACUUUGAAACCACUAUUUGUGCAAUGUUUUAUUUUGAAUGGAUUUUUAUUUGUUGGAAGUAUUAUAUUUUUCGAUUAUAUUGCUGCUCCAUUGUUUGAUUCUGCAAGUUCUUCUUCGGGUGCUCUGAAUAAUAUAAAUAAUGAUAAUAGUAUGGAUUUAUUUUGGAUUUGGCCUCUUUAUACUAUCAGUUUUAUUCUUUCUGCUUCGUGGUAUGAUGGAAUUGCAGAACAUGUUGCUAAAAAACUCUCACUUCACACAAGAGCUGCCAACUCGAAUACAAAUACGAAUAGUUUGGAUUUUAGAAGUGACCUUAUUUAUAGGCCUAUUAUUUUCUUGGUAUUUGUAACUCAAGCCUCAUUACUCUCCUUAAUUCCAAUGGUUGGAACUGUGGCAGGUUUUGUUUUAUAUAGUUGGCUUUAUGCAUUUUAUGCAUUUGAAUAUGUAUGGUCUUAUAAGGGAUAUUCAUUGAAGAAGAGAAUUAAGUAUUUCGAAGAAAGAUGGGGUUAUAUGCUUGCUUUUGGUGCGCCAAAUGCCUUAAUAUCAAAUUAUUUCCCAUUCUUUUUAUCUUCAGGUGUUUGGGCCAUGAUUUUCCCAAUUGUAAGUUUAUUGAAAUUUAAUUAUUGA